AUGUUUGCUGGUCAAGACUCAGUUGCUAUGGGUAUAUGUAAUACUCUGUUUGCCCUUGGCAAUGCUUUUGAAAUACAAGAAAAAGUUUACCAAGAAAUGAAAGAAGUAAUUGGUGAUUCUGAUGAAGUUGCAACAGCAAGUCAAUUAGGACAAUUAAAAUUCUUGGACCGUGUAAUAAAGGAAGCUCUUAGAAUAUAUCCAAGUGCUCCUUCAAUCGGUCGAUGCACUGAGCAUGAUAUUGUUAUUGAUGGUUAUUUAAUUCCAAAAAGUACAAUAAUUAGAAUGAACCUUUAUCAAGCGCACCAUGACCCUGAAAUUUGGCCAGAUCCUGAAACAUUCGAUCCUGACCGUUUUUUGCCAGAAAAUUCAAAGGGUCGACACAUAUACUCAUAUUUUCCUUUUAGUGCAGGACCAAGAAACUGCAUCGGGAAAAAAUUCGCGUAUUUGGAACUAAAAACUGUAUUAACAGCCAUUUUAAGAAAAUGGAAAGUUUCUAGUGUUUUAAAGCCAUCUGAAAUGAAAAUGGUGGCUAAUAUUACGUUACAACCAGCUAAUGGACGAAUAGAAUUGCUUUUAACACCUCGUGAUGAUCAGUAG